CUGGCCGCAGGACGAUGGCGUUAACGGGGCUGCUGCUGGUGGAGUUGGCUCUGUAUGCCAGCUGCUUCGUCUGUGGGAUUGUUGCCGCCGCAUCCAUCACCAUAGUCCAGGGUAACUUUGGAGGGCGGUGUAUGCUGUAUGGACUUGUCAACUACAAUGCUUCAGCAAGCCUCAUUGAUGUCAAGUCCUCCAGCGCCUCGUCACUGUGCUAUUUUGUGUCGGCCAUAUCCGUCUUGGUGGCGGUGGUGUGUUUCUCACUGUCUCUGUACUGGCUGUACUCUUUCUGCAUCGACGGGGAAAUCAGAAGGGAGCGCAUGGGGAUGAACCUCAUUAUAGCUGCGAGCGGCGUCUUCCUGUUCUUCCUGCUCAUCUCGGGAUGCAUGUUGAAGAUCGGACGCGACUCGCUCUGCAAGUCGGUCAUAGAGAGUGUUCCCAAUAUCACCAGAUGUGAAGAUGCCCAGACCAGGAAUUGGGUCAGCCCAAUUAAAGGGGAUAGGUUCUUCAGCAGUCUUUAUAAAGCCGAGACGGCAGUGUGGGUCAACUUCUUCUUCUGGCUCAUCAUCGGGGUUCUGGUGAUCGUGCAGAGGCGUCAGGGUUUAGGUUUGAAGUUGAUUCCAGGAGGGUACGGAGGGUAUGGCGGGCCGGCCGGAGGUCUUUUCGGUGACGCCGGGGUGACGGCUGCAGAAACGGAGCCAUUUUUCAACCGCCCUGCAAGGCCACAGUGAGGACAGUGUCACAGAUGACUUACAAAGACAUGUACAUUAGCACAACACAAUGAUGUGGGAGUAGAUGUGGAAAACGGGUAAAUACAUUCAGAGUACUUGUAGUUCAAGUGUUUCAGUGAACAUGUUUUGUGAGACAUCAGGAAUCAAAGCACAGUAAUUUGGGAAUAACUUUAUUUGCUGUAGGGCGUGAUUCCACAAUAGAAGCAUUACCCGACGAGGAUGGGAUUCGAACCCACGCGUGCAGAGCACAAUGGAUUAGCAGUCCAUCGCCUUAACCACUCGGCCACCUCGUCAAGCCUGAACAAAACCUUGAAACCAACGAUCUUGUCGAGCCUGUCUGGCAUGUCUGACAGACUGAGCACAUGAUCCAGGGUUUUAACUGUUGAACACUUACCCGUUUCCCACAUUUGCUCACAAAAGUCACAUUUCUGACCACUGGAUCACACAGAAAUAUAUAUUUGUUCUAUUUUGUUUACAUAACAAGAAACGGAAGAAUGUUUAUUGCAAGCAUUCAUUUUUUUAAAUUUUUAUUUCAUCAGUGUGCUGACAUUAACUCUUGAUGUGACGGGAGAGAAUGUGUCCUUUGUAAAACACGUCUUCACUCAAUUUACAAAUUAUUAACAAAACUUCAAAAGCCUUGAAUCACAGUUUUUUUUAAACAUUUGAAAAGUUGGUAUUGUGAGUUUCUACUCUUUGCUUACCAGUUUUAUUCCGCUAAGUUGCCGUUUUCUUUAUUUAUAAUUAAUUAUUACAUUUUGACGUUAUUUCAAUUGUCUUUUCUCUUCAUUUUGAAAAUGUUUUUCAAGUGAUCGUGGAUUAAGUUUUCAUAUAUAAACAACUCCUUAAAGAAAUACCCAUGAAACAACUAGAAUAACAUUAUAUUACAUUAUGCAACAAAUAAUUUAAAUACAUACAUAUUUUUUACAUCUGUUACCCAGUCUAGGUUCAUUCACAGGUGCUCAUCAAACACUGAUCCUUUGUUAAGGAUAUUGUAACUUAUGAGUUAAUAUAUCUAAAAAGGCUGUAUGUCAAGAUAUCACUCACUUGGUUUGUAGUCUUGGUACUUGACACAUGGUGUGCUACUUUUUAAACCAAUAAACCAAAGAGUUACAACACA